CCCCGUAAUAAAGUCACUGCGCACCCUGAAUUGUAUCAUUUACAGCGAAUAAAUCAAGAAUAAAACCAGCAAAGAAGUGUUCAUUUUCAUUUUCAAUGAACAGAACUGAAACAUAUAGCAGAAACGAAGAGUGCGCUUCCUCUGAGCGAUACUACAGCACAGAGAAAGAAAAGCGUUCCCCACGUGGAAGUCCCGUUUCUGACAGAUCGAAUUGUCAGGACAAACGAGGUCAUGGGUCAUCUAGAAAUAGCACCCAAUCGAUUCCGUAUGAAACCGACAGGUCUCAUACAAAGGGACAACCUGACCAACAACAACAACCGGAGGAUUAUGUAGCUGAGACUGAUGGCAUCAUUGAGAGCAACUGGGAUGGCAUCGUUGACAACUUUGAUUCUAUGAACUUGAAAGAAGAUCUGUUGAGAGGAAUCUAUGCGUAUGGCUUUGAGAAACCGUCUGCAAUUCAGCAAAGAGCUAUUCUACCCUGCAUUGAAGGUCGAGAUGUUAUUGCCCAAGCCCAAUCUGGAACCGGCAAGACGGCAACGUUUGCCAUUUCCAUUCUGCAACAAGUGGAGCUUAAGAACAUGAGAUGUCAGGCUCUUGUAUUGGCUCCAACUCGUGAGUUGGCUCAACAGAUCCAGAAAGUAGUGCUUGCCCUGGGUGACUACCUGGGAUCGCAGUGUCAUGCCUGCAUCGGUGGCACCAACGUGCGUGAUGACAUCAAGAAGCUGGAGAGUGGGGUGCACGUGGUGGUCGGCACUCCAGGCCGCGUCCAUGACAUGAUCAACAGGAAAGCGUUGGAUACCGCAGACAUCAACAUGUUUGUGCUGGACGAGGCUGAUGAGAUGUUGUCUCGUGGAUUCAAAGAUCAAAUUUACGAUGUCUUCCGACACAUGAAGGCAGACAUUCAGGUGAUCCUGCUGUCGGCCACCAUGCCCAGCGACGUGCUGGAGGUGACCCAGCGAUUCAUGCGCGACCCCAUCCGCAUCCUCGUCAAGAAAGACGAACUCACCCUGGAGGGUAUCCGCCAGUUCUACAUUCAAGUGGAGCGAGAGGAAUGGAAGCUUGAUACCUUGUGUGAUCUGUACGAAACACUGACCAUUACUCAGGCUGUUAUUUUCUGUAACACAAGAAGGAAGGUCGACUGGCUCACAGAAAAAAUGACUGCCCGAGAUUUCACAGUGUCCGCCAUGCAUGGCGACAUGGAUCAGAAAGAACGUGACCUCAUCAUGAGGGAGUUCCGCUCGGGCUCGAGUCGAGUCCUCAUCACCACCGACUUGCUGGCACGAGGAAUCGAUGUGCAGCAGGUUUCGCUUGUCAUCAACUACGACUUGCCUGCCAAUCGGGAGAACUACAUUCAUAGAAUAGGAAGAGGAGGCCGAUUUGGACGAAAAGGAGUUGCCAUCAACUUCGUGACAACAGAAGACACCCGAACCCUCCGAGAUAUUGAACAGUUUUACAAUACCCGAAUUGAGGAAAUGCCAAUGAACGUGGCUGAUCUUAUUUAACUUAAACUAUAUAUAGGUGAAUUGUGCGUCGGAUGCUAACAUAUUUGAUGACAAGAUAUCUGGCAGAAAAAUUAAAUCUUCGUCUUGUUUUGUAAAUGUGACUAUAUCGGUCAUUUGUAUGUCUAUUGUCAAUUCUCUCAAUAUCAUGCCUAAGAAAUUUACCCGAGUUUAUGAACUUUACAAGUGCUGUUGGGAGAAUGAAAAUUGUAAUUGUAUCUAUAUUAUCAGUGUACAUGUUUGGAGUGUCCUAUGUUGUAUGAAUAGAUUUUAAUUUUUUUUUUUUUGCAGUCGGUUAUCCGUUUGCUUUUCACAAAGCGAAUGAACUAAAAAAAAAAAAAAAAAAAACUUUUUUGCAAUGUCAUUGUGCACUUAUAUUGAAGAAGAAGAAGAAGAAAAAUAAAUAAAAAUUUCACAAAAAAAAUGGAAAAUUUCUCAUUUAAAAAAAACGGUGAAAUGAAAAAACGUGCUGUACAGAGAUCAUGUAUUUCAUAAGUGUUGUUGCAUUGUGUAUGUAUGUAUUUGUAAAAUAGCGGAGCGCCAAGGCGAUCCGUGACCAAUAUUUUGGUCAUUUAAGACUAUGGUUAUAUGAAUGUUCUGUCAAAUAAAUAUACUAGAUGUAAUUAAAAAUCUUUCAAACA